AUGCUCACAAAGAACAACUAUGAUAAUUGGAGUAUAAAGAUGAAGGCGCUACUAGGAUCUCAAGACGUGUGGGAUAUCGUUGAGAAAGGCUUCAAAGAGAAAGAUGAAGUCUCGUUAAGCCAAAGUGCGAAAGAUACGUUGAAGGAGUCAAGAAAGAUAGACAAGAAAGCUCUCUUCCUCAUUUAUCAAUCGGUGGAUGAAGAUACUUUUCAGAAGAUAUCCAACGCAACGACGGCCAAAAAAUCAUGGGACAAGCUUCAAACUUGCAAUAAAGGAGUUGAGCAGGUAAAAAAGAUUCGUCUUCAAACUCUUAGAGGUGACUUUGAACGCUUGUUUAUGGAGGAUUCGGAGUCAAUUUCUGAUUAUUUUUCUCGAGUAUUGACCGUAGUCAAUCAACUUACAAGAAAUGGUGAAGAUGUCGAUGAUGUGAAAGUCAUGGAGAAAAUACUUCGCACUUUAAAUACAAGUUUUGACUUCAUUGUUACCAACAUUGAAGAAAACAAGGAUUUCAAGACCAUGACCAUAGAGCAACUCACGGGUUCCUUACAAAGCAUAUGA